GGCUACACUUUCCCUUCGGCCCCCCUCGUUUCCUCCCGCGGGGCGGCAGCGGAGAUUUCCUCUCGGGGAAACUACGCGGAUCCUUCCCGGGGCUCCUCGCCCCGCCCCACUUCUCCGCCCCCUCCCCUUUGCUGGGGAGCCGGUGCUGGCCUGCGCUGGGAAGAGGCUCUGGCAGCCUGAGCCGGGAGGUGGCGGGGGGCCGCGGAGCCGCAGGCCACCGACUCGCCCCGCCAUGUGACGCUGCCCUCCGCCCAGGGACCCCCAUCGCGCCCCGGGCCCGGGCCCGCGCCCGAGCUGCGUCGCGCCGGGCACCAUGCUUCUGCCUGGACACGCGCGCCCGCCGCCCGCCCCGCAGCCGGCGCAGCAUCCUGGACUCCGCAGGCAGGUUGAGCCUCCCGCGCAGUUUCUGCGCCUCUUCUACUGCACUGUCCUGGUCUGUUCCAAAGAGAUAGCAGCGCUCACGGACUUCUCCGGUUAUCUAACCAAACUUCUGCAAAACCACACCGCCUAUGCCUGUGAUGGGGACCAUUUGCAUCUACAGUGCCCUCGGCAUUCUACGAUAAGUGUCCAAUCGGCAUUUUAUGGGCAAGAUUACCAAAUGUGUCGUGCCCAGCAGCCUGCCUCCCAGAGGGAAGACGGCGUAGCCUGUGUGGCACCCACCACAUUGCAGAAGGUGCUGGAUGAAUGCCAGAGCCGGCGGGCCUGCCACCUCCUGGUCAAUAGCCGUGUUUUUGGACCUGAUCUUUGUCCCGGAAGCAGUAAAUACCUCCUGGUGUCCUUUAAAUGUCAGCCUAGUAAGUAACGUCUGAGGGGGCCCGUGUAUGCGGUGGGGGUUCCCUGUUUCAUUCACGGCCCUCGUGGAGAUUCUCUGCCAGCCGGUGUUGGUCCCACAUAGCAAUUUAGAAACUUGUCAGUAGAGAUGUCCUCCCUGUUUCUGCAAUGGUUUGUGGGUAUUUGUGUGAAUAGUUUGUGGAUAUUUGCAUGUGUGUGCACGUGGACACCCAUGUCUCCAUGUGCAUUCUUGCCAAUCCCUGAAUUAAAAAAAAUCCUUCCUAAGACGUAACUCAGUCGGACCCAUGCUAAAGGCAUCGGGUGUCGAGAGGCUGCAAGUGCUUUUCCCCCGAACGAGGGGCUGGUUCUCCUUUUCAGGGGCAGCCCACCCCCAGCUGUUUGCUAUCACGAGAGGGCACAGCUGCCCCCGGAGGCCCUGCUUCCAUAUCUUGAUGAACCCCUCUUCUGCUUUCCCCAAAGCAGGGGCUCCGGACCCAGUUGCCUCUUCCUGGGGAGAAAGAAAACAGAAGGGUUUCUGGCCUGAGCAACUUCUGCUCUAUUCUUGCAUUUUCCUCCACUGGCUUGUGUCACUGUAACACACGUUAGUUUUGUGAUUAACCCAUUGCAGGCCAAACAGAACUGCUUUUUAGCGAGUAGGUCACACUGAGAGGCGGGGCGGGUCAGUCCGAGAGGCAACCUCAACGUUAGAGGCUCCUGGUAACCCUUGAACAGGCUUGUUGA